CUGUGUUCUUCUCCUCGGUUUUGGAAAAUGGUCCACUGCUCGACCGUAGUGAUCUGAGUUAUCUAUCGCCCCGCGCCACAAUGCCUGAGGCGGUGUUGGUCUCGGCGUCCAUGUCAUUUCGCCUGCGACUCGCUGACGAAGUGCCUGCGGCCUCAUCCAGACCAGGGGCGAUGUCUGGAUAUACACCCUCAGCCUGAUCGGACACCCUUCACGAUGCCUUCCACAGACGCAUUCAUGGGCGGCCAUCUGCCUGACGUAUUGCUGACCGGUGUCACCACGCCCACCCUUUAUUGAACAACGACGCGAGAGUGUCCUCAAGGGAAAACUGACCACUAUCCCAGCUUUCUGCUCGAUUCGAGAGAGACAGACACUUCCCCCAGGGUUAUUUCAAUUAACCGAGCCUCCUUGAACGACAACUGCUGGACCUCCCUAAGCUAGUUGAUGGGCCUUCAUUGACUGCGCAAGAGCGAAUGCCGCACGAUGCGCCUGUUGUAUUUCGACGACCACGGCGCGCUCCGCCUGACCGACGACCUUCACGACAACGUCCCUGCCUAUGCCAUUCUCUCCCAUACCUGGGGAGACGACAAAGAUGAGGUCGCUUUCGACGACCUCAAAAGCGAAUCGUGGAAGAACAAGGCGGGCAGCGCGAAGAUUGGGUUCUGCGGCGAACAAGCUAAAAAAGACAAGCUGGAACACUUCUGGGUGGACACAUGUUGUAUUAAUAAAAACAAUCAAAAUGAACUGUCCCAAGCCAUUACAAUGAUGUUUGGCUGGUAUCGGGAUGCGCAAAAGUGCUAUGUCUAUCUCUCUGGUGUAAGAGCCGAAGAGAAUGGCAAUACUGACAGUGGGCAAAGCACAUGGGAACCCAACUUCCGGAGGAGUCGAUGGUUUACACGAGGCUGGACGCUGCAAGAGCUUCUGGCUCCUGACAACGUCGAAUUCUUCUCGGAGGAAGGGAAAUUCUUGGGUACGAAGCAGACGCUGGCACAGUCAAUCCACGAGGUCACAACCAUUCCUCUCGCUGCUUUGUGUGGUACACCUCUCGCCCAAUUUCCAAUUGACGAAAAAUUACGUUGGACGGAAAGGCGCGAGACCAAAAAAAAAGAGGACGGAGCAUAUUGUCUACUCGGGAUUUUCAAUGUCUUUAUGACGCUUAACUAUGGCGAGGGCGACAACGCGUUCUGCCGACUACGGGGAAAAAUCAACAAAAAGUUUGGCAGUAAUGUCGCUGCCCGCCUUGGUGCUGCUGGCGAGGUCAGGUCACCAAGAUUGUGCCAGAGCCCAGCACCGCUCAAUGGUAUUACUAACCUCCCUAAGCGCCCGUCCGACUUCGAUCAGUUAGCACAAGCACGCCGAUCGAGCGUGCCAAGGCCUGCAAAACGGGCCAGGACUUCGUGCAAUACGAAUACCUUUGGCUCGGGAGACAGUUUUCCGUCUGGCAGCACUACUAUAUCGCAUAUGGGAAGCGCGAGUAGCCACAUUCAGCAGUCACACCAGGAUGCGCGACACGACACCUUGAUAAUUAGCGAAGACAAGUACAAUGCCCUCCUCAAAUCCCUCCUGUUCGAGCGAAUCAAUUUUCGUGUCGAUAACGUCAGGAAACCGCUGUUGUCAACCUGCCAGUGGCUCUUCCGCCAUCCGCAUUUCCAGACAUGGUAUGAGAGUGGCUGCUCGGCUCAACACAGUGGCUUCCUGUGGAUUAAGGGCAAACCUGGUUGCGGUAAGUCGACGCUCAUGAAGGUUCUUUUCGAAUGGGCUCGUAAGCGAAAGAGCAAAGAUCAUGGCCGGCAAACCGUGGUUCCUUACUUCUUCAACGCCCGAGCUUCUGCUUUUCUUGAGAAGUCAAGCUUGGGUCUGUACCGCACAGUCGUGUAUCACCUUCUCUCGUCGUAUCCAAAGCUCGGCACUUUAUUUGCGGAAAAGUUCGCUUUCAAAGACCCAGGCCCACUAGGGGAGGAAUGGACCGUGGAAGAAUUACAAGAAUUUCUGAUGGAUGCUGUUGAGUCGAACGAGUCAUUCGGACUGUGCCUGCUGAUUGACGCGCUCGACGAGGCGGAGUACGAGGAUGAUGUUCGAGAUAUGAUCCACUUUUUGGUACACCUGUCCGACCGCGCAUCAGCCUCCGACAGCUCUUGCAAACUCCGCAUCUGCCUUUCAAGUCGUCACUAUCCCCACAUCAACAUCACUACAGGACUGUCGUUGGUCGUCGAAGAUCAACUUGAGCAUGACCAGGAUAUCGAUUAUUUCAUCACCAAAGAAUUAACAUGCCAUGAUGGUCAUGAAAAGGACGAGCUUCGAGCCGAGAUACUGGAAAAAUCGGCACGCAUCUUUCUUUGGGUCGUCCUUGUCGUGAAGAUAAUGAACAAACUCGACGAGCGCGGAGUACCUUUAUCAGACAUGAAGACUCAGCUUAGAUCGAUUCCAGCAGAUCUCAAAGACCUAUUUCGAAAGAUCUUGAAGAAAAGCGGCCACGAGAUCGGAAAAAGCGUACUUCUCUUCCAGUGGAUGCUUUUUAGCGUGCGUCCACUUCAACCGGCAGAAUUGAUUGUUGCAAUGCAAUACUCUGAGCCGCUAGAUGACCAGCAAAGUCCCUCCCCUAUGGACAUCUCUAUCCCUGAUCCCAAGCGUCUCACCAAAUUGAUCCUCAACCAUUCACGCGGUCUUGUUGAAGUUGUCGAAGUCGGCCCAUCACAAGCAGCGACAGUCCAAUUCAUACAUGAGACCGUUCGCGAAUUCCUAUUGAAAGAGAAUGGCUUGGCAUCAAUUUCCCAAGGUCUUGCCGCGAAUGUUGCGGGAAUCAGCCAUCAAGUUCUGCGGAUUGCAUGUCUCCGCUGUAUUUCGAUGAAUGACAUGCCGAAGGAAUACGAACAUUACUGUGAGGCCAGUCACAAGACUAAUGCCUCCCUGGACAUCUUCAGAUCUGCUAUGCGUGAGAAACUGCCCUUUCUCGACUAUGCGAUUGCACAUCUUCUGGAGCACGCUGAACAAGCGCAGAAGAACGAUGUUUCUCAGCAGGAUUUUCUGAAAAGUCAAAUUGAUGCGAACGGUCUCUGGGUGGACUCGCAUAGACACUGGUGGAACGCCCUCGAGCGGUACAAGUCUAGGAAGGUCAAGCCUAAUGUGACUUUGAUAUACUUCGUUGCGGAGCAGAAAUACUCACACUUGCUUGCAGUGUUACUUAGCAUAUCAAACGCUAUUAACACAUCUUGUGGAAAAUAUGGGUCUGUCUUACAGAUAUCAUCCUAUUAUGGCUCUCAAGAGACGGUGAAGACACUACUCGACAAGGGUGCCGAUGUCAACGCACAAGGAGGCCCGUAUGGUAACGCACUACAGGCGGCAUCACAGGGUGGCCACGAGAAGACAGUGCAGAUACUCCUCGACAAGGGUGCCGAUGCGGCAUCACAGGGUGGCCACGAGAAGACAGUGCAGAUACUCCUCGACAAGGGUGCCGAUGUUAACGCACAAGGAGGCCCGUACGGUAACGCACUACAGGCGGCAUCAAGAUGGGGCUACGAGAAGAUAGUGCAGAUGCUACUCGACAAGGGUGCCGAUGUUAACGCAUGAGGCCUAUAUAGUAAUGCGCUACAGGCAGCAUUAUAGGGUGGCCGCGAGAACGUUGUGCAGGUACUUGUUGGAUCAAGUUUACCGUUACAGGCCUAAAUUCGGCCUCGGUACAUGGAACGCUGAUCUGAGCUUAAGUAUAUGCCUUAUUGCUCGGAGCUUAUGGGGGACUGGACUGCCUCUUCACCUAGAUCGCCAAGAAGUUCUAUGUUGAAGCGCACUCGAGCCAAAAUACCUUAUUAAAUAGCUCCAUCAGAC